AUGUUCCAACAUUGGGAAUCAUCAAAUGCAAGUGCAGGAAGUGAAAUCGGAUCAACAGCAAUCAUGGCAAAUAUUUUCGAGCAACAACAGCAAUCAUGGUACAAUUCAGCACAAUCGACAGUUCAAAUAAAAAGUGAACCAUUAGAAUUGAAUUCACAGCAACAUCAUCAACAGAUGAGUCCUAUUAUGCCACAAAGUCCUGUUGAUAUGCUAGAUCCUUUUCGUCAAUUGGGUGCUUUCAAUCCAUUGACACCACCUGGUUAUUCAGGUUUACUUUUCCAAUCAUCAUUUUUGAAUGGAAAUAAACAGCAACAAACUCAACGUAAGAAUCAAUUGACACCAUCAAAACCUCAAGAUUUAAGUAAGAACAGUAUGAAGAUUGAUAAUAACAAUUCAAUGACUCCACCGAUAGAUGUGACACCACCAAAAUCACCACCAACAAUUUCAGAACAAACACCAGAAAAGGAAGAAAGUUUAAAUUUCAAUAGCCUUGAAACACAGUCAGAAAGUCUCGAUUCAUAUGACGAGGAUAGUGAUGAUUUUGGUGAUGAUGAGGAUGGAAUCAUGAUUAAUGGUGAUAAGUCAAAGAAGCGUAAAGGAAGCAACAAACCACGACAGUACAAAUGUAAACAAUGUAAACUAAUUUUUCACUCAAAACAAGAAUUUUGGGAUCAUACGAGGUCCCAUAUAAAGCCUGAAAAGAUGCUACAAUGUCCAAAGUGCCCAUUCGUAACAGAGUACAAACAUCACUUGGAAUAUCAUUUAAGGAAUCAUUCACGAUCAAAACCAUUUCAAUGUCCUCAUUGCAGUUAUAGUUGUGUGAAUAAGUCAAUGUUAAAUUCACAUUUAAAGUCACAUUCGACAGUGCUGCAGUAUCGAUGUGUUGACUGUAAUUAUGCUACCAAAUAUUGCCAUUCAUUAAAACUUCAUUUGAGAAAGUAUGACCAUAAACCUGAUAUUGUUUUAAAUCUUGAUGGAACUCCAAAUCCUCUUCCAAUAAUUGAUGUCUAUGGCACACGACGUGGCCCAAAAAGCAAAGCAACAACAGCAAAACUAUUAGCAGAAAUUGAGAAGAAUCAUCAACAACAGGCAGUAGUUAAAGCACAAACUCAGCAACUCUCACCUCCACUCACUCCAUCAACUAGCUCAUUAGCGACAUCGACAACAAAUUCAAUCACCAAAACACCGCCGUCAAGUCUUAUACCGAAUGCUGCAAUGAUGGUUAAUAUGCUUCAAAAUGUCGGCAACAAAAUGUCAUUGUUUCCUUACUUCCACUUGAAUCUGCAAAUGUUUGCUGCCCAACAACAACAACAGCAGCAACAGCAGCAGAUGCAACAACAAAAUAAUAUUGAAAACGAAAGUGAUGAUAAGUGUGAUUUGAUGGAUGAUGAACAGCAGUCAGAGGAAGUUGACUCAAAUUUUAUUGAAUUAACAAAAUCAACACCGACUGAGAAAAAGACAAAACGUAAAGGCAAAGCAUUUAAAUUUGAUGAAAAGAUGGACAUACAGUCAGAUGACGGUGAAAUUUUAUUAGAACAGCAACAAAAUUGUGAAAGUUUAUCCAACGAGAAAGUGACGUCAUCAUCAGUGCAGCAAGCUUGUUGUGAGAGCACCGAAAGGACGACUGAGAAUGAGUGUAAAUUUUGUGGAAUUAUAUUUAAGGAUAAUGUACUGUUUUCGCUACAUAUCGGAUAUCAUUCACUUGGUGAUGAUCCAUUUAAAUGUAACAUGUGUGGAAUGAAGACUGAGGAUAAAAUUCAGUUCUUCCUACACAUUGCCAAAUUUCCACAUUCAUAA